CCUCGCAGCGGGGAGGAAACCAAGAGCUAUGAAUCACAGGAAGCCAGAAGAACGGGCUGCGGCGGCAUACAGCCGACAGAGCUGGCUGUGAGCGGUUCAACAACUAAGCAGUGGCGCAGCCAAAGAACGAAAAGCAAUAAAGUUUGCGAUGCUGUUAUGCCCGAGAUGGCGAGCAGCCACAACCUCAACCGCAAUGCACCAGACGGGCGCAGUGCAUGUAUGCGGAAGUCUCAGCUCUGUGCCUUUGGGCCAAAUCUGAGCUCAGAUUGUACGUGUACACUACUGGGGAUGUGCAUACAGACGUCCUGCAGGUUGGGCAUCCGGUCCCUGAUGCACGAACUGGUACGAUCUCGGUUAGCUCCGUUCGAUGAACGGGAGGGUCUAGAUCUCCGCCAUGCCUCCGCGGGAAGCUGCUUUACCUCAUGUAGGUCGCUACUUCCGGUUGAGCUUCUCCACGUCGGCCCCGCCAUGUUGCUCGUGCCUGCUUGCUUGUUUCUGUUUGUCUGCAGCACUGGCACUGCAGUUCAGCUGACAACUCACCCCGGGUCUCCUGCGUCUCCUGCCGCGCCGCCGGGAGUUCCUUCCGCGACAGAGAAGCAACUGGACCUUACGCGACGGCAUGCAGCUGCCGCUUUGUCUGGUCACCUCAGCUUCCAUACCGUGACGUCGUAUGAGUCCACCAGUCUGGCGAGAGCUAUGGCCCGGCGUCCUAUGUCGAUCUCGCCGGCUACCUGCUCAUCGCCGGAGAAAGAGCGGAUGUUACUAGCACAGUCGUCGCUCCAGACGUUGAAGCCAAGGCCCGUCUUCGUGGAUGCUCGCUGCCGAUAGUCUUGUUGUGCCACGCCUCGCGUCAUCCUCACUCGCUCUCCCGUUCACCGGCCUCGGUCCUCUGCGUUCAACGGUCACAUUCCUUCGUUUGUUCAUCUCGGGCAGCUACGGUCCGCCGGGUGUACACCGUUCCACCACGACCACGACAAGUACGGAAGGGACACAUUGGCGAACAGUUGUCGUCCUCAACAUACCGACUCGAGUUCUCCUGCCUUCCUCGAACCUUCAGGCUCCUCGCCAGACAGA